GUGCGCCGCCCCUAUGUGGCCACGUAGCCGCUGAGGCCGCCCCCGAGGACUCCGCCGCCGCCAGCGCCUCCGCCCCCAGCGCCGCCCCCGCCAUGGGGCCCAGCAGCUGCAGCUCCGGCAGCGCCGGCGACGCCAGCCCGCUCACCAGCAGCAACAACAACAACAACAACGACGGCGAGAGCAGCAACAAGAACCCGCUGGAGGCGGGCGGCCCCGUGCAGGGCUUCUACCGCGACGCGUGCGUGCUGGUGACGGGCGCCACCGGCUUCGUGGGCAAGGCGCUGGUCGAGAAGCUGCUGCGCUGCUGCCCCGACAUCGCCACCGUCUUCCUGCUCAUCCGGCCCAAGCGCGGCCUAGACGUCGACUCGCGCCACCACGAACUGCUCAAGCACCCGGUGUUCGAGCGCGUGCGCCAGGAGUGCCCGUCGGCGUUCCAAAAGGUGGUGAGCGUGAGCGGCGACGUGACGGAGCCGCAGCUGGGGCUCAGCGCGGCCGACCGACAGCGCCUCGCCGCCUGCGUCAACGUCGUCUUCCACUCGGCCGCCACCGUCCGCUUCAACGAGAAGCUCAAGGCCGCCGUCACGCUCAACACGCUGGGCACGCAGCGCGUCAUCGAGCUGUGCCGCGAGAUGCGCCAGCUGCAGGCAUUCGUGCACGUGUCGACGGCAUACUCCAAUGCGGACCGGCGGGAGGUGCGCGAGGUGGUGUACCGGCCGCCGGCGGACCCGGCGCGCGUCAUCCAGUGCUGCGACGCACUCAGCGACGACGCACUCGACGUCGUGUCGCAGUACCUGCAGGGCCGCCACCCCAACACCUACACGCUGACCAAGGCCAUGGCCGAGUGGGUCGUCGCAGAGCACGCGGGCGAGAUACCCGCAGCCAUCGUCCGGCCGUCCAUCGUUACAGCAGCGUGGCGUGAACCUUUCCCUGGAUGGGUUGACAAUGUCUGUGGCAUCACAGGAAUCAUGAUGGAGAUAGGACGCGGCACCAUUCGCAGCAUCAUAUGUGACCAGACACUUAUCAUGGACCUGAUACCUGUCGACUACGUUGUCAACACAUUGAUUGCUGUCGCUUGGCACACAGCGACAUACAGACCCAACACAGUCAGAGUCUACAACUGCACAUCAGGAAUGAGGAACCCUGUCCAGUGGGCUGAGUUUGGAAGGCUGACACAGAAACACGCCUGCACAUCACCUACACGACACGUUAUGUGGUACCCUGGAUUUACCUUCAGAACAAACAGGCUGAUGCACAAGAUAUGUGAGGCACUUUUCCAUAUUGUGCCUGCCUUUGUUGUUGACAUGGUUCUGCGACUACAAGGAGCCAAACCAAUCAUGAUGAAGAUUUCGAAGCGAUUUCAAAUGGCUGCUAAGACUGGUGAAUUUUUUGCCCUGCACGAGUGGAAAUUUCAUAGUGAUAAUUUGAUGGCAUUAAUGGAAGACGCCCAGGACAAAGCAUUAUUUGAUGUGGACAUUUCUGAGCUAGAUUGGGACCAAUAUGUCAAACAAUAUAUGCUAGGAAUAAGGAAAUUUAUCCUGAAAGAUUCUGCAGACACUAUACCUGGAGCACGGCGAAAACUUCAGAAGUUGUACUGGGCUCAUCGCAUUACUCAGGUGCUAACUUUUGUGUUUCUGCUGAAGAUUGUUAAACUGAGGUGAUUGUAAGGCACUUUACAAGUUAUCAGUGACAAUGAAUAAUCCUGGUUGUUACUUGCAAAGUUUGCAAAACUUGUCUACAAGGAACACUGCGUAUUUUGUCUUUUUCGGAUGAUGUUCCAGGACAUGUAAUACGGAGGAAAAUUCUGUUAAACUAGAAUGUGAGUGAAGGAUAUGCACAUUCAAAGAAGGCCAGUUGCAUUUCUGACAGGAAAUUGUCGUGGAAUUCUGAAUUCUCUGGUUGUUUUGCUAAAAUAUAUUUUAAAUGCUCUGGUUAUCAGACCAGUUUUGUAUGAAAUAGAAACAAAAUUCUAGGCCAAUCACUCUCAGUGAAAUAAAAAAUUGUGGUUUUUUAUUCUCAUUUAUUAUGCUGCAAAGUGUAUUUUUGCACAGGGAGGAUUCCUCAGUAUGUCAACAUCAAAAAUCAGAGUGUGACAGCCCAACCCUCGGAUUUCAACAAACAGUGUGUCUGUAAGAGCUGUGCCCUUCCAGAGGUAGUCAUUGGAAAAUUUAAAAAAAAUCUUUUGAAGAUUAAAUAGGAUGUACUGUCUAAAAAGUGCUUAGUUUUAUUUUGUGUUACUCUAUAAAUCUGUGUGUGCUUCUUUUAGGUUUAUACAUUUUGUCUUACAAUUGUGUACUGAAAAAAUAAAAUAAAAGUUGUAUAAACAUGUAUUCUAUUGGAGAGGAAUAUUAUCAUGAAUGAGCAUUUCUGAUAAUUCUUAUUGUAACAUUAUGUGUCUUGGGAGAACAGCAGGUGAGAUGGACACAGCAAGAAAUAAGGAAAUAAAGCUGUCAUUGUUCAAAUCCGUCCCAGGUUUUAUCAUAAAUGGGAAAUGUUGGAAGGCAGUUUUUUGUCAUACAGUGAACUCCAGUAGCGUGUAUUUUGUGCAUAUACACUUCAUUCAGACCUGUAAUUAAGCCUAUAUGACCUGUACUGCUUGAAGUUUUCAUUGGCAUAAUUAAUAUGACAUCCAAGAUGCAGCAAAAUAACUGUGAUGUGUUCACUGUUAGUUUGAUUUUCUAAGUUCCUCACUCUUUUUCCUUACUUCUUUUUCUGUAUAUUGACAUAUCACUUUUGUAAGUACUUAAAUGCUACAAUUAUGAUUAAUGCCCAGAGUAUAAGAAGUUCAGUAAUUGAUACUAUAAUGGUGAGAAACUCUUUUGUGUUGAGUGUAUUACAUUUUUCUAAAAAGCAGUCAGUAUAACACAACAAAAGUUGAUUGACUCAUGAUAAUUACUGCAUAUCACAAAUAAUACAUCUCUGUUACAUUUUCAUGUUAUUUUUGCCUCAUUAUUUGACAGAAUGGUGAUCUGAUGUCAGGAAAAAGCAGACACUUUCUGUACAACUGUACAGGCCAGUGCUGGUUGAUAUUUGUGGUUUGGCGAAAUAAAUACUGUAGUUAUGCAGGUAGUUAUAAAUGCAUUUUUAGCAUUCAGGGUGAAAUAGUUAGGAGCUGUAGAAUGAGCAUCCUUUCACUUCACUUUCAGGAGCUGAAGCCUGUAGUAUGACAAUGAAAAAAAAAAAAAAUCGUAAAACUGCAAGCAGGUGGAUUUUCAAUAUCUCACCUGUUACGAGUU